AUGGUUGAUGCCAAACAAUUGAUACCAAUGAAACGAUUUUUGGAGACUUAACAAGAUAAAAUUAAAUUAUUUUCUAUUGAUUAACCAGAAUAAAUACAUAUGUAAAAUUGAAAUAAUAACUAAAGUUAUCAUAAUAUGGGUCGUGUUACAAAAAUAGAGACUAAAUCCAUAUAAGAAUAGAAAUAAAACAUAUCAAUAGGAUUUUUUGCAAUUUAUGGAAUGAUGUAAUUAAAGAAUUGGUCAUAUUUGUUAUUGGUAACUGAAGCAAAUAUGGUUGGACAAAUAUGGUAAAGAACCAUAUUGUAAGUAGAAAAGAUAAGUUUCUUACCAUUAGUUUAAAAUGGAAGAAUGGAUGAGUAAUCAUAUUGGUUUAAGCAAUAGUAUUCAUUAAGAUGAUUAGUAUUAUUGUAAAAUGCUAAAGGAAGUGUUUUCUACAAAGACAUUAUAUUUUAGUUAUGAAUAUGAUUUAUCUAAUCCUUUUGAUAAAGUUAUAAGAAAUUAAUCUCAAUUUAAUAGUUCUUAGUAAAAUAUAAUUGAUGGACUUCGCUAUUAUAAAAUACCUAAUCAUCGUUUUGUGUAUAAUUGGGAACAUAUUAAGUUUUUGAAUUAAUUCUAAAGUACAAAUUUAUAAGCAUUGUAAUAUUGGUAAACAAUAUUCAUAAGUGGAUGUGUAUUUAUUAGAUAUUGUAAACUUAAUUAAUAAUCUGAUUGUUUUCUUAUUUUAAUAAGUAGAAGAGAAACUCUUAGAUCAGGAAGAAGAUUUGUAUAAAGAGGAUGUGAUUAAGAAGGAAAUUGUACUAAUUUUGCUGAAACUGAAUAAAUAUUAUUUCUAAAUAGACAAGAGUCCAGAGAAAUAUAUUCAUUUAUUUAAACUAGAGGUUCUAUGCCAUUUAAUUGGUAAUAAUAACCAACAUUAAAAUGGGCACCUAAAGCUACUAUUAUUGGUGAUAGAUCAUAUAAUUAAGAAUUAUGUAAAAAACAUUUUGAAACAUGCGCAUAAUCAUAUUAAUAAUUAUAAAUAAUUCUUAAUUUAAUUGAUAAAAAAGGAACACAAAAAAUGUUAGGAGAAUAUUUCACUAAUAUGAUUGGAGGUGUAAAAACUGUUAAAAUUAAAUAUGUAUGGUUUGAUUUUCAUCAUGAAUGUAGAAAUAUGAAAUAUGAGAAUCUUUCUAAAUUAUUAAAUGAAGUUAAAGAUGAUCUCAAAAAAUCAGGAUAUUUUCAUGCAGAUAUUGAUAAGAACAAUAAUAAUAUUUUAUCUAAAAUAAAUAAUUAAUAAACAGGAGUUGUAAGGACUAAUUGUAUGGAUUGUUUAGAUAGAACAAAUGUUGUUUAAUCAGUUGUAAGUAGAAAUUUUUUAUUACAAAUUUUAAAUUAAACAAAUAUUAUUCAUACAUUAACUGGUGAAGCUUUAUAAGUAUUACCAAAUGAUUUAGAAUAAAUAUUUAGAGAUUAAUGGACUAAAAAUGCAGAUAUUAUGAGUAUAUUAUAUUCAGGAACUGGAGCAUUGAAAACUGAUUUUACUAGAACUGGUAAAAGAACAUUCUGGGGAUCAUUAUAAGAUGGUAAGAAUUCAAUACAUAGAUAUUAUAUUAAUAAUUUUGUAGAUGCACAUAAUUAAGUAAUAUUAUAAUAUCAUCAAUUUUUAGAAUUGCAUUGAUUUGGCAUUAGGAAAACUAGAGAUUGAUAAAAUUAAUUAUAAAAAGCCUUAAUUCAAUGGUGUCUUACAAUUAUUCAUUUUUGUAAUAUAUUUACACUAAUUCAAAGAUUAUUUUCUUAAUGUACCUUAUGACAAGUUUAUUACCUGGAUUAAUUCUGGAUGAUUAAUCUAUUUAUCAUAGUUCUUGUUUUAUCAAACUAUUUAUAUUUGGAAUAAGUCUGUUUAUUACGAGUAAAAUUUUACUGAAAACCCAUAAUUUGUUUAUAACCAAACCGAUAAGAGAUCAAAGUUGA